AUGCCUAAAGUAUAUUUCGACCACGACCCUAUAACCCUACAAGAGGGAGACCACGUCGGUGCUCGGGUCGGCGGCAAAAUACUUGAGCCCGAUGGAAUGGAAACUGUUACUGGAGAAGUUGACCGGGUCACCAUUUUUAGAUCUCCAGAUUCCACUGUUGAGCUCAAGUGUAUGCAAGAUGUUCAUUUUUUGCCUGGGGAACAAGUUAUCUUACAGCAGCUUGGCAUGAGAAGUGGAAAGGAAGUUGAGUUUAAAGAGUAA